AUGCCUGAGGAUACAAAAAAAAACUCGGAAAAAGGCAAAGGUGAUGCUAAAGAACAGCGACGAAGACGAGGUCGACAACAUGCCGCUCCUGUUGAAAAGAAAAUAGAAAAUAAGCCAGAACCUCCUAAAGUUACAGAACCUGAAAAACCUGCUUAUGAACCCCCUGGCCCAGAGUUCUAUAAAAGCCUAAAAAGAGAAACUGAUGAUAUUUUAAAGAUUACUGAAGAAGCUAACACUAAAUACAAGAAAAAAGAAAUUCAAAGCAACUGGGCCAAAUAUGAAAUGCCCAUUGAAACCUAUGAAGAGAUUGAUGAACAAGAAAAUUUAGGUGCUGACUAUGAGGCUCUUAUCCAAGCACCUCUGUCAGUAGGUGGACAUUUUCAAUUUAAACAUGAAAAAUCUUGGGAUCUUACCACAGGUCCCUCGGUCUAUGACAAAUAUUUUGAUAUAAAUAUGGAAAAUCUUAAUCUGGCCCUCUGUACUAUACCAUUCUAUGAAAGAAACAACAUUGAGAUAACAAUAUUCAAUGAAAGUGAUUUGCAAAGUAUGAAUCAUAGAGCUACUAAAUAUAAACAAAAGUACUAUAAUGAUAAAAAUUUCACAACACCAGAAUUGGAAGCUCAAGAAAAAAUAUUAAGUACUCUCAAGUCAGAGGACAAACAUGGAAUGGAUCCUAAUAUAACUGUUAAAGACAAUAAUGAAGAUAAUAAUGAUGAAAAAUUAAAACAAUUUAAAGACAUAAAUCUUGAACAAUUUGAACAAGAACCAGAAAGUGAAACUUCUAACCUUAUAACAAAAUGUAGUCCCAAAAAUGAAAGAGAAGUUGUGAUAAAUAAAGCAUCUUCUGAACAAAUUGCUUUAAACGAGGAUAAUGAUGUAUCUAAGGUUGAAAAAAGGAAUAUAAUUGCUGCUGAGCAUAAAGAAGUUAUAGAUAAUAAAAUAACAAAUGUAAUAAAUGAUAAUGAUUUUGAUGAAGUGGAGAAAGAAAUAAUAGGUAAAAAUAAAUCAAAUGAACCUAAAAUCCAAAUAAAGCAACUAGAACCAAACAUUGAACAAAAUCAAGGCAAAGAAGUUUUUGUUCAAAAACAAGAAGAAUCUGUUAUAAUUUCGCCAAAGGAAGAAGAAGCACCUAAAGUGGAAACGAUUGUUCAAAAAGAGACUAAAAAACCAAUCAUUGAAUCUCCUGAAGACCUUGAAAAGUGGUUAGACGACUUUUUAGAUGGU